AUGGCACUGAAAAAAGGAAAGCGUUCAAGAAGUCGAAAAGGGAAAAAUGAAGAUCACCCUGAAGAUAUCUUCCCCUUGGUCCUGACAUCAGCCACCCAGAAGCUCUUUGACUGCCGAGCUGAUGAAGAUGUCACAGAGCAGAGCCCUUACAAGCUGCUGAAAAAAGACGACAUCAUACAGGAUAUCAAGACAAGAGCAGCAGUGUCUGAUUUCAGUCCCGUGAAGCAGAUUCUGCUGAAUUACCCAGAGGAAGAAAUCUUGUUAGUUUUUGACUCAACGUUUACUUACGAUCAGAACUUCUACUUGGUUCUUUCACCAGAAGCCAAGAACCGAAUACUCAAUGUAAUCAAUGAAACUCCUGAGACUGAAACAGCAGCAGUGCUAGAGGUUGAAGUCAAUAAAACUCCAAAACGAAAGCCAUGGGUUUCUCUUGGAAGUGAAAAUGAAAUUGAAGCAGAAUCUAUCAAAGAGACUAGACCAAGGAUAACGAUACGCUACUUUAGAAAAUGGAGGACACUUAAAUUGCCAGUCAACUUUUCUGACAGUGAAACUGUCUUUGUGGGAUUUGAAUCCUAUGAAGACAAGAGGUUUAACAUCAAGGUGAUGCUGAUAGACCGUGGAGUACAGGCUGUUCCAGUUGUGCUGGAGAACAGUACCCAGACACCCUGGAUUGUUAAGAGGAAUAACUGGACCCACUAUGAGCCAAGAGAGUUUAGUGAGGAGGAAAAAGAAAGUAUCCUUCAAAGUGAGAGCAUGAAGAAUUUUUGUAAAGCAGUAACAACCAGGAUGUUGCAAGCCCUGCAAGAGGAAUCAAUUUUCAAUGUGUUCAUUGAGGAAUUGAAGGAUUUUGGGACAGGGCGUAGAGUUGAUGACAAGUCUGGGCUAAAGUCUGAGGAUCUGGAACUUCAAAUGACCUUUAAAGACCAUACGUACUCUGAAGGCAAGAAAAUCAGCAGUGUUCACUGGCACCCCAUCAUCCAUGGUAUGAUAGCUGUGGCUUUGACAGAGCCAAAUGAAGAGGAAUCGGACAAACCCUCUACAUUUAUCCCCAGACCUUCUUUCAUUGUCUUCUACAGCUUUGCUGACUUCUCUAAAGCCCAGUUGCUCCUGGAGUCCCCAGACGACGUUGUUGCCUUUGAGUUCUGCCCGUCCAAUCCAAACAUUAUUGUUGGUGGCUGUGUGAAUGGCCAGGUUGCAGUAUGGGACAUUUCUGCUCAUUCCCAAUUCUUGCAUUCUGGAAGUGAAAUGGUGAUAAGUAAAGGCGUAACUGUGGAGAACAAGUUGAAGGUUUCCGUUCAGGUCCUCACCUGCUCACCUGAUGGCACCUUAAAGUUCUGGGAUGUGAGACUUCCAAAUCUGGAUUACCUCAAACCGAAACCUGCGACUCCAAAGACCCCAAAGACAUUCUACAGAGUCUCUGAAACGUUCAAACACCUGGACAGGACAUGGAAACCAUUCUUCACGGUUUAUCUCUUUAAGGUUGAUGAUGUUGGAACAUACAGUCCUUGGAAGUUCUGCUUUCACCCUUACACCAGUGAUGGUGUCACAGAAAAUGCCUCAGGAGUCAUCGCUGACUAUAGACAACUCACAAUCCCCUCGAGCAAAACACUCAAGACUCUGGAAGAUGUUAACACAAAGAUUUAUGUUGGAACACUGCAAGGUGAAAUUGUUUGCACUGACUGGAAAGAAAUCAAACCCCUCCACUGUUUCAAUGCUUGUCACGGCAUGGUGCACACUGUUCAGCGAUCCCCCUUCUUGAAAGACGUUAUUCUAACGAUAGGAAUAUGGAAAUUUGCCAUUUCCAAGGAAGGAGUCAUGGAGGGCCCCGUGUUUGAAUCAGCACACUCUGAAGAGUAUUACUGUUCGGGGUGCUGGUCUUUGACCCGACCUGCCGUGUUCUUCAUUGGGAGAGACAAUGGCAGCAUUGAGGUGUGGAACCUGCUGGAAGACACUACAAAACCUUCACAAGUCUACGAGUCCAUCAGCAAAAACAGGAUAACCUGCAUCAAACCCUGGACCGUCUCCUCCAAGCAGCAUUUCUUGGCAGUGACAGACGACCUUGGAGUUCUCCGGGUUUUUGAAAUGUCAGAGAAGCUCUGCAUUCCCUCCAAGAAUGAGAGUUUGCACAUGAAGAAGUACCUGGAACAUGAGACAGAAGCCACAAAAUAUUUUGCUAAGCAGAAGAAAACCUGGGCAAAACAGAAAAAGGAGGAAAAAGAAAAAGAACUCGAGAAGAAAAUGACAUCCGACAAACCAGUCAAGACCCCAGAAGAGGAGGAAAAGUUGGAACUGAAGGAGUACAAAGAUUUCCUCAUGCUGGAGGAAUCCAUCCUGAAGAAGUUGGGUGUGCAGAAAGGAGAGCAAUAUCAGGGACUACAGAGGCAGCGUUCCGAUGACGUAAUCGAUGUGCGGCAGGACCGGUAG